CCCCUCCUAUCCUCUCUUCCAUUGAAGCUUGCUUCGACUUUCUCCCAUUUCACUCUUUUCAUCUGCAGCAAUGGGUUUUUGCGCCAAAUCUUCUCCUUUCGAAUGUGUCAUCUUCGAUUUAGACGACACCUUGUACCCGAGCAGCACCGGAAUCGGCCAGUCCUUGAAGAAAAACAUCGACCUGUUUCUGGUGGAGAAAUGCGGAUCUUCAGAGACUAAAUCGUCCAUCCUCCGAGUUGAACUCUUCAAAACAUAUGGAAGCACCCUUGCCGGUUUGCGAGCACUAGGCUAUGAUAUCAGCGCAGAAGAUUACCACAGUUUCGUACACGGAAGGCUACCUUAUGAGGUGAUCAAACCUGAUAUUCAGCUACGGAACCUCCUCCGUACCAUCAAGCAAAGGAAAAUUAUUUUUACGAAUUCGGACAGGAUUCACGCGCAGAGGGUGCUGGAUCGACUUGGGAUAAAGGACUGUUUCGAACAAAUCAUAUGCUUCGAGACUAUGAACCCGAACCUCCCCGACUCGACCCGACCCGACGAAUUCCCGGUCCUCCUGAAACCGUCGCUGGACGCCAUCAAGAUCGCACUCCACGCUGCCAACGUGGAUCCUCGUCGAACGCUGUUUCUGGAUGACAGCGUUCGCAAUGUCGCCGCGGGAAAAGAAAUGGGUCUCCACACCGUUCUGGUUGGGAAGACAGUGAAAAUCAAAGAAGCAGACUAUGUUGUGGAGUGUGUGAAUAAUGUUGCACAAGUAAUUCCGGAAAUAUGGGCAAGCGGAAUGGACGGUGACGAUCAAAGGGUCGCACGCACGAAGAGCGAAUUGGAUGCUGUACUUACCAGUGCUGUUGUCGGAGCUUGAAAACUGACCCCUUUGUUUGGGUGUGGGCUAAGGCCUGAUAUGACGUUGAACACGCUCAACUACCCAAGCAAUUAACACAACAUCAAUCGCUAAUGACGAAGACAAUGAAAAUAAAUAAUAGGAAAAGCCCCCCUUAAUUAUUGGUGUGAUGUUAAUCAUGUGAAUAUUGUAAGAUAUUGUGUAUUAUUUACCUGUAUGAAUCAUGAAUCGUCCAAAAAUAAAAUCAAAUUGCAUCUUU